CUGAACUGGCGCGCGCCCUCUCUCCUGCUCUCUGUUUCUGCGGACUUUUGCCCUCUUACUUGGACGGGAGAAGAUAAGCCGAGAACACCACCUCAGCUCAGCUCCGACAUGUUUUCGCCGGCGGGGUCCAAAAGGCAGCCCGGGUUCGAACCCAGGGCUCCCCGCGGUUCCGGAGAGCAGAUCUGCAUGGUUGAGUGCGGCUGUAAGCCCGUGUGCACCUGCGGCUCCAGCUGCGACCCGGCGCGGUGUGCGGCAGAACUGAAGAAGACCAGCCCUGACGUCGGCGUCACAGGCUUUGACAACUUGGCCUAUGACCAUGGAAGCCAGAGCGAACUCUACCUUUGUGACAAACCCAUCUCCAGAGCCAGUUUCAGGCUCCUGGGACUCACCUCUGAGCAGCUGGCUGUGGAAACCACCCUCAGCCAUCUGAAUGGCGUGUUCGCCAUCAUCUGGUCUGUAUCAGACAGUUUACUCCAGGUGGACUACAAUACCUCGGCCACCACAACCAAAGAGAUCGCCCUGCAGCUGCAGACCCUGGGAUGCACAGUGGAAACGUCCAUACGGAUCCAGGUGGAAGGGAUGCGCUGCCAGUCCUGCGUCCAGGCCAUCGAGGGGCAGGUUGGAGAGCUGCCAGGGGUCUCACACAUCCAGGUGUCUCUUCAGGACAGAGUGGCCCUAAUUGUGCAUCAGCCUCUGCUUGUUACACAGCAGGAGCUUAGAGAUAAGAUCGAAGACAUGGGCUUCGAUGCUACUUUGUUAUCUGAGGAUUCAUCCGACGGAGAUCUAAGCUACUGGCAGAGUGACCCAACGCAGGCCCCCGUUCAGGCCGUGACCGUCUGGAUUGGAGGGAUGACCUGCCGGUCGUGUGUGCAGUCCAUAGAAGGCAGGGUGUGUCAAAUGAUCGGGGUGAAGUCUGUAAAGGUGUCGUUGAAGGAAGGGAAGGGAACAAUAAGCUUUGACCCCAGCCUGACGGAUCCGGAGCGCGUCAGGGCAGCUGUAGAGGAAAUGGGCUUUGAUGCAUCCCUUAAAGAGCCUCAGGAAAGACAAGACCUUGCGUCCAGCAGGAGGGGAACGAGCGACGUGGCCGAAGCUCAGGCGACCCUCGCAGGCUGCAGCCCUCACUCCCCCGAAGGCAAAGCACAGAAAUGCUUCAUCAGUGUGACGGGAAUGACGUGCGCCUCCUGUGUGGCCAACAUCGAAAAACACAUGCUCAGGCACAGGGGGAUCGCCUCCGUCCUGGUGUCGCUGAUGGCCGGGAAGGCGGAGGUGAAGUACGACCCGGCGCUCGUUGACGCAGCUGGAGUGACUCGGCUCAUAGAGGAUUUAGGCUUCGGCGCUAAACUGUUGGAAGACAACGCGGCGGCACACGGGAGAGUGGAUCUGCAGAUUGCAGGAAUGACGUGUGCGUCGUGCGUGCACAAAAUCGAGUCCAAACUGGGCGCAACCAAAGGCGUCCGCUCUGCCUCGGUGGCCCUGGCCACCAGGAAAGCUCAGGUCCAGUUUGACCCAGAGAUGCUCGGAGCUCGGGAUAUCGUCAGGAUAAUUCAGAGCCUUGGAUUUGAGGCCAGUCUGGAGAAAGCCGGGUUCAAAAACAACCUGGAUCACUCAGAGGAAAUCCGACAGUGGAAGAACACCUUCCUGCUCAGCCUGGUCUUUGGCCUGCCUGUCAUGGGCCUCAUGAUCUACAUGAUGAUAAUGGACAUCCAGCACAAGGAGCACGGAGGCUCCAUGCCUGAGGAGCAGAACCUGCUGCCGGGUCUUUCCCUCCUCAACUUGGCCUUCUUCCUGCUCUGUACACCUGUGCAGAUUUUCGGAGGCCGGUACUUUUACGUCCAGGCGUAUCGCUCGUUAAAACACCGCACAGCCAACAUGGACGUGCUGAUCGUGUUGGCCACCUCCAUCGCCUACAUCUAUUCCUGUGUGGUCCUCGUCGUGGCCAUGGCAGAGCGAGCCAACCAGAGUCCCAACACCUUCUUCGACACUCCCCCUAUGCUCUUUGUGUUCAUCGCUCUCGGACGAUGGCUGGAGCACAUCGCAAAGAGUAAAACCUCGGAGGCUUUGGCCAAAUUAAUGUCGCUACAAGCCACUGAUGCUACUGUGGUCACUUUAGGACCGGAUCGUUCUGUCGUCAGCGAGGAGCAGAUAGUGGUGGAGCUGGUCCAGCGGGGGGACAUCGUUAAAGUCGCCCCGGGGGGAAAGUUCCCCAUCGACGGGAAAGUGAUUGAGGGGAGCUCUAUGGCGGAUGAGUCCCUGAUUACAGGUGAGCCGAUGCCUGUCAGUAAGAAGGUGGGUAGCUUGGUGAUUGCGGGCUCCAUUAAUGCUCACGGUGCACUACUGGUGGAAGCCACCCACGUCGGUGCUGAAACGACUCUGUCUCAGAUAGUCAAACUGGUCGAAGAGGCUCAAACGUCAAAGGCCCCGAUCCAGCAGUUUGCAGAUAAAAUCAGCGGCUACUUUGUGCCCUUCAUUGUUCUCGCAUCCCUGCUGACGCUGGUGGCCUGGAUGGCCAUAGGGUUCGUCAACUUUGAUGUUGUGAAGGAGCACUUCCCGGGAUACAACCAGAACAUCUCCAAGGCGGAAGUCAUCGUCCGCUUCGCCUUCCAGGCGUCCAUCACGGUUCUGGCCAUUGCCUGCCCCUGCUCUCUGGGGUUGGCGACCCCAACGGCUGUUAUGGUGGGAACAGGAGUUGGGGCUCAGAACGGGAUCCUCAUCAAGGGAGGGGAGCCGCUGGAGAUGGCGCACAAGAUCGAUGUAGUGAUGUUCGAUAAGACCGGUACGAUAACAAACGGCGUGCCGAAGGUGACCCGAGUGCUGGUGCUGUGGGAAAUGGCCCGCAUGCCGCUGAGAAAGAUCCUGGCGCUGGUCGGCACAGCAGAGGCCAGCAGCGAGCACCCGCUGGGCAUGGCAGUGGCUAAAUACUGCAAAGAUGAGCUGGGCUCGGAUAUUCUGGGCUACUGCCAGGACUUCCAGGCGGUGCCCGGCUGCGGGAUCAGCUGCCGGGUGUCCAGCGUGGGACAUCUGCUGCAGCAGAGCGACGAGCGUUUUGUUCUACCGGGAGUAACUACAGAAGAAAGCCACCUUUUCUCUGCUGAAGAGCCCACUUCUGCAGCUGAGGGACCCUCUUACUCUGUUCUGAUUGGGAACAGGGAGUGGAUGAGGAGGAACGGCCACCACAUCAAAGCAGAUGUGGAUGCCGCCAUGUCAAGCCAUGAAACCAAAGGGCAGACCGCCAUACUGGUGGCCAUAGACGGUCUUUUAUGUGCCAUGUUGGCCAUUGCAGACACAGUGAAAGCGGAAUCAGCGUUAGCAGUGCAUACCUUGAACAGCAUUGGCAUCGAGGUGGCCAUGAUAACCGGAGAUAACAGGCGAACAGCCAAAGCCAUCGCAGCACAGGUAGGGAUCAGGAAGGUGUUUGCAGAGGUGCUGCCAUCACAUAAGGUGGCCAAAGUUCAGGAGCUGCAGGACCGAGGCCUUCGAGUGGCCAUGGUGGGCGACGGGGUCAACGACUCGCCCGCCCUGGCCUGUGCCGAUGUCGGCAUCGCCAUCGGCACCGGCACGGACGUGGCCAUCGAAGCGGCCGACAUCGUCCUGAUCCGGAACGACCUGCUGGACGUAGUGGCCAGCAUCGAGCUCUCCAAGAAGACGGUGCGCAGGAUCAGGAUUAAUUUUGUCUUCGCUCUCAUCUACAACCUUCUGGGGAUUCCAGUGGCUGCAGGUGUAUUUAUGCCCGCUGGCCUCGUCCUGCAGCCUUGGAUGGGUUCGGCUGCCAUGGCCGCCUCCUCUCUGUCAGUGGUUCUGUCCUCCCUGCUGCUGAGGAUGUAUAAAAAGACACCCUUUGAGCUUUACGAAACCCGUGCAAGAGGCCAUAUGAGGAGCCUUCGUUCAUCUCAGAUUAGCACACAUCUGGGUGUGGAUGGGCAGCGGCGCAGCCCAGCACUCCCCAGCACUCCUCGAGCACAGAUGGGCCAGAGAGCGUCCGGCAGUGCUGGUGUGGAGCGGCGCAGCUACUCCCUGCUGGACCAACGGACGCCAGAUGAUUGUAUUGUGUAAAAAAGGGAAAUAAGUUCUUAUGUUUACUCAUUUAGUAAUGUUCACUGUGUAAAUGACUGUAUUUAUGUAAAUGCCUGGUUCUGCUCAAAAACCCAAAUUAUAUUUUACUUCAAGUUG